AUGUCUUCUGAUUCCACUAAACCGGGUGAAAUUAAAGCUAAUAUACCAACACCUCAAAUAAAUAAUAAGGAAGUAAAGGCAACUUUACCUUCAGCUCAACAUCCUGAUCCAAAUGCCUCCGCAGGGGAAAAGGCAUCCUCGGCAAUGGCCACAUUGAGUUCCCAUUCGGAUCCUUAUCCUCAUUAUUUCAUGGCUACCUUCUCUGGAAUAGGAGCCAUGUAUGCUCAUCGGUAUAUGAAUCAACCGAAAACAGCUGCUGUAGCUGGUGCGAUAGCGGUAGCAUAUGCCGCUUCCGGAUAUCUUAUUAAUAAAGGAAAUCAUAAUAUGGGUUAUAACAUCGCUACUUGUACGCGUCACUUUCAUUUAAUUCUUUUUAAAUGCAAUCGUAUGACUUUUGCGACUAAAGACGCAUUCCAUGUCGCAAUGACAAGUUUAGGUGCCGUCAGUACGGCAGGAAAUUCAUUGAAAUGGUACCAAUUGAAAACUGGUAAACCAAGAGAGUUGGAAGUUAAUAAGUGA